AUGGCCAAAGGAAACGCGAUCAAAGAAGUCGUCACUGCCGCUGUGCUUGCCCUGGGCGCUGGCUCGAUGGCGACGUCGGAACUCAAGUCGUUUGACGAGUACUACAAGGAAUUGAAGAUAAAGACCAUCUCCAAGGCCACCGCCGCCGACGAGUAA